AUGGAUGCAAUUAUAUGGAAUGUCAGGUCAGUAAAUACAAUGCAAGCAUUUGAAAGGCUGAUUACAAUGCACAGAAAACAUCACUUUGAGUUCAUAGGAAUCCUUGAUCCUAUGCAACAGUCUCACAAAAUGGAGAGGUAUAGAGCAAGAAUUGGGUUGGCACAGGCUGUGGUGAAUGUAUCAAACAAGAUUUGGGCUUUUAUUGAUGAAAUAUUUGAGGUUACUAUUCUGUAUAACAUGACUCAACAGCUGACUUUGAGAUUAAUGCACACUGAAACACAUGUUGAGCUUAUCCUUACUCUAGUUUAUGCCAAAUGUGAUCACAUUGAAAGAAUUGAACUAUGGGAUUCUUUGUAUGCAAUGGCAUCAGAUAUGAUAGCACCAUGGCUAGUUGGAGGCGACUUUAAUAUGAUAUGGGAUGAGGAAGAAAAAUUUGGACGCUUGCCAGUUUUUCUCAUUGAAGUAGAUGACUUUAGACACUGCAUCAAUACCUGCAACUUGACAGACUUGGGAUUUAAAAGAAGCAUAUUUACAUGGUGGAAUGGAAGAUCAGAGGACGACUGUAUUUUUAAAAGAUUGGACAGAUGUUUGGGAAAUCAUGAAUUGCAACAGACUUUUCCUGGAUUGGAGGUAACUCACUUGUCCAAAAUUGGGUCUGAUCAUUACCCAAUGAUGCUGAAAUGUGAUAUAGAAACUCCUCCAAUUAAGAAGUCAUUCAGAUUUCUUAACUUCUGGACUAAGCAUGAAACCUUUAAAGAUUUAGUAAAAGAGAAUUGGAAUGCUGAUUUUAGUGCUAACCCUUUCUGCAUUUUUAACUUCAAGUUAAAGAAGCUUAAGAAAGAACUAUCUACCUGGAGCAGAGCUACAUAUGGGGAUAUAUUCCAGAAGAUUGCAAGCCUUGAGGAGGUAGUCCUGGUUCAUGAAAGACAUUUUCAAGUCAAUCCUACACAGAUGAAUAGACAAAGAUUACAACAGGUACAAGCUGAAAUGAUUAAAUAUCUUGCAUUAGAGGAAGAAUUUUGGAGACAAAAAGCUGGCAUGUUAUGGUUCAAAUAUGGCGAUAGAAAUACUAAAUUCUUCCAUACUCAAGUUAAUGGGAGAAGGAAGAGACUGAAAUUAUCAAGUAACCAGAAUAGCCUUGGUAACUGGAUUGAAGAAGAUCACUUAAUAGCAGAAGAAGCAAUAAGUUUCUACAAGGAUCAAUUUGCUGAGAGUGCAGUCCCAAAUGAUUUCGAUAUUCUAAAUCAUGUACCUUCAAUGGUAGAUAGUGAUCAGCAUGAAAGAUUGAUGGCAUUGCCUUCCAAUGAAGAAUUGAAGAGAGCAGUUAUGAGGUUGAAUGGGGACUCUGCCGAUGGACCGGAUGGUUUCACUGGAGCAUUUUACCAAACAUGCUGGGAAAUUAUUGAAGAAGAUGUUGUCAAAUGGUCAAGGCUUUCUUUUGCGGUUAACGACUGCCAAAGAGUGUUACGCACACAAACCUGGGUUAUUCAUGAGAGGUUGGUUGAAUUACUACCAAACAUAAUCUCAGAGGAACAGGCAGGUUUUGUGAAGGGCAGGAGCAUAGUUGAGAAUGUACUGUUAACUCAAGAAAUCAUUACAGAUAUCAGGUUGAGAACAAAAGCAGGUCCUAACGUUGUGAUUAAGCUUGAUAUGGAAAAAGCUUACGACAGGCUAUCAUGGCUAUUCCUGACCAACAUACUAAGGAAAAUGGGAUUUCCUGAAGCUUUUAUUGGCUUGAUCUUUGAUUUGAUUGGGAACAAUUGGUACUCUGUGCUUAUAAAUGGUCAGCCUAAUGGUUUUUUCAAAUCAUCGAUGGGAGUUAAACAAGGUGACCCUUUGUCACCAACUCUAUUUAUUCUAGCAGCAGAAGCACUUUUUCGGGGUUUGAAUUCACUACACACUAACCUGUAUUUCUGUGGAUUUGGAAUGCCAAAAUGGAGCCCAAAAAUAAAUCAUCUAUCAUACGCUGAUGGUACAAUCAUUUUUUGCUCAUCUGAUGAAACUUCGUUGAGACUUGUCAUGGAGGUUCUGCAAGCUUAUGAAUCAUCAUCUAGUCAACAGGUGAACAAAACAAAGUCAGCCACAUACAUGCAUCAUUUAACGGAUAAUGAGGUGAUUAACAAGGUGGAAAGGAUUACAGAGUAUCCCAAUUCAUAUGUUGUCAGCAUCAAUCCUCCAAAUUAUGUGAUCAACAAAUUAUAUAGCAUUUUUGCAAAGUUUUUCUGGAGCAGCAAUAUCGGAGGCAGCACUAGACACUGGGCAUCUUGGACUAACCUGUGUAUGCCUUUUGACGAGGGAGGCAUAGGCUUCAGGUCCCUGCAUGACGUAUCGAAGGCACUUUUCUGCAAAUUGUGGUGGAAUUUCAGGACUAAGCCCACUUUAUGGAGUGCAUUUAUUUGUCAAAAGUACUGCAAGAAACUAAAUGCAGUAAUUGUACCUUGGAAAUGUGGAUCACGAGUGUGGAGAAAAAUGCUAGAAUGUAGGGAUUUGAUUGAGCAUCAAAUCUACUGGAAAUUGAGAAUGGGAUCAGCUCAAUUCUGGUUCGAUAAUUGGACUGAGAUAGGAGCCUUAUAUUUUCAAGUGCCUGCAGAUUUUGGUAUCGAUGAAGAUAUUCAUAAUAAUAUUAGACCACCAACUGAUAGUUCCCAGUUAGAUACUCCGUUCUGGAUGCUUGAAACAAAGGGACAUUUUACAGUAAAAUUUGCAUGGGAUUACCUGAGAAGAAGAGUCAACCCAAAAUUAGCUUACAAGAUGAUAUGGGUAAAAGGUUUACCUUUCAAGAUAUCAUUAUUCCUGUGGAAGGUGUGGAAAGCAAAACUAUCACUUGAUGAUAUUUUGCGUAAAAUAGGAUACUCCAUUCCAUCUAAAUGUUGGUGCUGUGCUGACCCUAAGGAGGAGUCUUUAGUACAUUUGUUUUUCACGUCAAAUGCAGCUAGAAGUGUUUGGAGUUACUUCCUAAGGAGAGCAGGAAUUGCAUUAGAUAGGUUGUCAUUACAUCAAGCAAUUACAAAGUGUUGGACAACACUAGUAGUACCUAUAUUGAAGCAAGUUUUACAAGCUUUACCUACAUGUAUUGUAUGGGAACUUUGGAAGAGAAGAAACAGUUUGAAAUAUGGAGAUGCAGUGUCAGUGAGCAGAGUUAUUUACCUGGUGUCAUCUACUUUGCAAGCACUAGUCCAACUGAAAAAGCCAGGACUACAUGUGCCUCACAAGUGGCUGGACUUACUGACAAUGAUGGAGCAAUACACACCUCGACUGAAAUAUGAUAAAGUAUUAUGGGAAUUUCCUUCAAGAGGAUGGAUCAAAGUGAAUACGGAUGGAGCAUGUAGAGGGAAUCCAGAAGGAAGAGAGAUUUCUGAAGGAACCAACAAUGAAUCAGAAGCGGUAGCUAUUGUGGAGGCUUUGAAGAUGUGCAAAAUUUUUAAUUUUGGCAGAAUAUGGCUGCAGACAGGUUCUAUGCUAUUAAAGAACAUUAUAGAGGAAUCAUGGAAGCCUCCAUGGUAUACUACUAAACAUGUAAAGGAGAUUUUAAUAUUGAAGGAACAAAGUAACAUCAAGGUCACACACAUUUUCAAAGAAGGGAAUACAUUAGCAGACCAUAUUGCCAAUUACGCCCUCGAUGAAGGAAAUACUGAGUGCCAUGGUUUCUGGGAUCUGGACUCAAAAGGAAGGAGGAUUAUUAAUGAAGAUAAGAUGCAAUGGAUUUCAUCGAAGCUAAAGCCUAAUCUUAUAGUAGAAUCUGAAAUGAUGGUAGGAAUGCAGUGCUUUCAAUCCACUGGGAGGACACUAAAGAUGGGUUUACGCACUUUCACAACAUAUCUCACAACAAAGGGAAGUAAUGCAAUAGCAUGA